AGCCUUUGGCCGGAAACACAGCGCAAUUGUUCCCAAGCUCUUCCCAAGCAUGGCGGAGCCCGAGAAGCUGACAGUAAAGAGAAACAGGUCGGGCGUGUUCAAGAGGAAGUUCCAGGAUGAUGAUGGCGGUACCGUUGAAGUCACUGGCGAGGAAAACAUCCAGUCAGGAACCGAAGGUGCAGCCCAAAAGAAGACGGAUGACCUGGCUCAGGCCAUUGCGUUCGAGCAUAUGCACGAGGUACCAGAUAGCGACAAACCCUUCCUGGGUGCAAUUCCUCAACUCCUCAAGAAGCCCAGAAUAGCCGGAGAUGACGAAAGCUACCGUGCAACUCGAGUUGCUUGCCAAGCCAUCACGGCGGCCAUCAGUUCUGCAGAGGGCAUUCUGGUUGUCUUUGCACAGGAUUCGUCCAGCUGCAGUCACAGCAAGAAGCUGCUUGAGCUUAGCUCAGACCAAAAGGACGUGAUAGACCAGGCGAAGGUCCACAUCUCGCCGGCCAGUGAUUGGCUGAACACCCUGGCCAGCAGUCACUUCAGUGUCAAGCCGAUUCCCAUGGCAGCAGAUGGGCACCGGCUGCUGAUCUACGUCGGCACACCAGGCAAGUAUGCCACGAUGUGCUUACGAUCUGAUCAUGGCCAGUUUGAUGAAGCCUACAAAGCCAACAGGCUUAUUGUUCUAUGCAAAGGAGUUUGCAUGCUUCCCAUCGGUACUCAAGAACAGAACAUCAUGGGAGUUGAUGAGACAGAGGUGCUGAAGGAGAUCUGCUUAACACUGAAAGAGAGAGGUCCCAUUGCCUGGGCCUCUGGCGAAGGCACCAAGAACGUCUUCAUGCAGAAGGCCUUUGGCUAUCCUAAGGCGCAGGAUAUGCCACCCUCGUUGAGCUUUCCAAAGGCCAGGACUGGACAGUUCGCGUGCCUGGCAGAGUACGUGAAGUUCACCAACAGCCUGAAACUGGCCAAUCCGGAGAUGUGUGUCAAGAACUACUACGACACGGGAUUGACUGUGUCUGUGAUGAUGGCAACUGUUGUCCAGGAGGGAAUAUCGCUGAUGACUGAUGCUGAUGGGCUGGCUAUGUUGCGUGAUGCCAGUAUUGGUCACAUCAUGUCGAAGCUGAACCAGGUGACGACCGUGGAACAAUUCAGCAAACAGAAGAGCGUCUACAACUUUUUCAUUGGAGAUGGAGCCUGCCGGCUGAAUGGCGGUACCGAGCUGACCCUGCACUUGAUGGAAGGCCACGCUACGAAAUCCAUGACCACGGUGUUCCUUUUCAACAACAAGGCCUGGGCGAUUGAGGACAACCUCGUGGCCACCAAAGAGAAGGAACACGUGCUGUUCAACACUCAGUUCUAUGAUGUUGUGGCAGAGCACAAGCGGAUUUGCAUCUGUGAGACGGAGUCUGACUUGAGAGAGAUCCUGACUUUCUUGAGUGAGAAGUCCAUCAACUUCGUGGAAGGCAAAUCGAAACCAGGAAUGUUCAUGGUUGUUGUCCGUGGCCUGAAGAUGAACUUGCCUCCCUGCCUGGGAGACAUCGAACCCAUCCGGAAAUCCAAGGAGAUGGCCUUCAUGCGCGAGGUCCUUGGCACCUUCGCCAAGGGCUGCGAGAGCCGUGUGCCGCUCUAUGGCUGCUCUGCGUUCGAGUACAUCCAGUACUUGCACUUCUUCUUGGAAGAAAUGCCCGAAGGCAAGCAGUACCAGUACAUCUGUGGUCGCACAGAUAUUCAGGCUGCCCAUAUGAUGGGUUUCCAUCAGCCUGAGGGCAAAUGCGUACUGUUCAUCAAUGACGUCUACGGCGUCAACUCCCUGGGAGAAAGCCUCCGCUUCGUGCUCAGCGGCUUUGGCGGUCGUCAAGUGCUGGUCAUGGUUUGGCACCCAUCCGUGCUGAAGGUGAUUGACAACUUCCACCUGCACCGGCCGCCCAUGGUAUGGCCAUCUCUGGGGCCCCACCUGGCUCAGUACUACGUGCGAAAGGAGUCUGAUGCCUUCUUUGCAGACUUUGAAGGUGAGCAUCGAUCCACUGAGCGCGUGAAGGCAGCCAUUGAAAAGGGCACCCCACUGGUGAUGGUCAAUGUGAUGCCGCAGCAGGAGUGCAACUACAUCGCCAUGGAUGCUCGAAUCAAGGUGAAGGAUUGAGAGGUGUUGCAGAGACUGCAACAUGAAUGGUAAAUGAGUGAACAUAAAUGCACAAAUGCACCUGUACAAAGAAUAUGAAGCCGAUUUCCCAAGCGUGGUGAUGUUUUCCGGCCACGCUGUGCCGCGCAUUUACAGAGGCGUUUCUUCAAACAGCUGUUUGACUGGCCUCUGGUGGCAGUGGCUUUCGCCCAUUAUAGUAGGUGGUUGUUCCACGUUUGGAUCCUUUUGGGCCGAGGUUGCAAGGUUUUGUUGCACUUUGGCUGCUGCCAGGCUGCUUGUGCAGCCCUACAGCUCGGUUUAUGAUAGCAAAUAUUAGCAAAUCAUUGAUUCAAAAAAUUGAUUGCUCGUCUCGAACGUGUUAAAA